AUGGCCGCCUUCGUGCGAGUGUCGGGGCCGCCGAAUGGCCAUUUCCUGAUCGGCUACCCCGGUAUAUCUGCAACAAUGCCACGUAUCGAAGGCAAGGUUGAGAUCAGGCCUAGCGUCGGCAUCACAGCUCCCGUCAAUGUGUCCCUCGUCACCAUAUCCCUUCAUCGCCGUGAGACAAUACAUCCCUCCGCCGACUCCGUGACCAAGAAGCACCUCGCGCCCCCUAGGAAAGAAAUCACGGAUAUUGUGGGCAAGGAGAUGCUCCUCUUCCGCUGCCCAGCGGGUCGAGAGUACGAGGAAGUGAUAUCCAUGGAUUUGCCCUUCGUCCUUUUCAUUCCAUUCGGGCGCGGAGGGCCGGACGCUUCGAGAAGAGUUCCACCCGCCAGUUUACAACUCCCUAGUCGCACCGCAGAGACAUUCUAUGAAAUAGUGGUCAUGGUUCAACAAGGUCAUUCGGAUCAGCGAAAAUACACAUUCCCGGUUCCCAUCUCACGCUAUGACACCCUCUCCACAUUUGGAAUGUACAACCGUCCUGAGUCGGCGGAAAGGGUGUCGGACCAUUUGGUCACCUUGGGCAUAUCUUUGCCUCGGUGGUCUUACGGCCCCCUUGACCCUGUGAGCGUUUACGUUAAACUAUCGCCCAAUCUCGACUGGAUAGGCAAAGCUAGGAAAGUCACGAUCAACAAGAUUACUAUCGGUAUUGAUGAGGAGAUCAUCUACAACCAUGAAGGUGACGAGCCACAGCGGAAAGUGAGGACCUUGACGAAAAGAACAGAGCCCAUUGGGGUGAAGCUACCCCCGUCGGGCUUUUUGACGAAUCUGGGGUUAGUAUUUCCAGCCAAAGAUCUUCGCGACUCCAAGGGUAUUCUUCCCAGAAGCGAUAUGGCUUUUCCGGCUUAUGCUGUGACGGGGUUUACGACAACAGCGAGUCUUUAUAAAAUCGAAUACUAUCUCACAGUAAAGGCUCACUUGACUUCCGCCAGAGAUAUUGUCAUUCGACAGCCGAUAGUUGUAUGUCCUCUUGAUCAUGCUGGUUGUAAAGAGGAAAUGGAUGCUAUCGAACAGGCUGCCCGCGAGGCGGUUCAUAUCAAUCCGGAUAAUCCCAUGCUGCCGCUUCCCUCUAUCGUGCGGCCCAACGAUCCCAAUGCUCUUCGUCAUCUGGGUGUUGCUAUUGUCGGCAAUCAAAAGAAGCCCUUGAUAGAUUGA